ACCUGAUGAAGGGUUCAGACUCUGAAAGUUCUAAUGGAGAACAUCAGACGUCCGUCAGCAGAAUUCUGUUUGUUGAUAAAGUUCAUGUUUCCAGUUUAGAACUGGUACAGAGACGACUUCUGAUGGAACGUCUCAUCCUGGAGGAACCAACAGUUCUAAAACUUCUGCAGACUCUCCUGCUGUGAAGGGGCGGAGCCUGACACUCCAGCUGCUCUGUCAUUGGCUGGCUGUGUUCGAGGAGUAGGAGGAGCUGAGCUCUGAUUGGCUGAUCGUUGUAUUAAAGAAAAUGUACAGAAACUCAUUCCCCCUGGAGCCACUGCUGCCGGUUCCACAGGUUCUAUAGGUUCUACUGCUGCUGUUUCUACUACUGCUGCUGGUUCUACUGCUGCAGGUUCUACUACUGCUGGUUCUACUACUGCCGCUGGUUUCACAGGUUCUACAGGUUCUAAUCUUUCACUUCCAUCCUUGUCCUUGUUUUUCUUAUUGUUUUUCUUCUUCUUUUGGAACACUGUUCUCUUCCUGCGGGUUCCUCUGAUCUCCUGCUGAGUUCUUCUUCCUUUCCUGUCCUCUGACGUCUCUGUUCUCUGACAGGAGGCGUUACUCUGUCACAUUUUCUCGUCAUGGCCAACUGGACCGACUGUCUGAACUUUGGGAUCUCCAUCGCUAAACAGGCCAGUGAGGUAAGAGUCAUGGCGACCAAUGAGAACGCAGCACUGAGACGGGUCACUGGGGAGGGGGCUCCAAUCAGAGGAGAGCCAACCAAUCAAAUGGACCGCCGGCUGGACGCCAAGGCAGCAGUUUGAUUAGACCAGGUGUUCCAGGUGUGAGUGCUGACUCAGCAGUCGCAGCUGCUGUAGGCAUCCAAUCAGCUCCAGGGACAGCUGGUGAUGUCAUUCAGGUUCAGAGGGGGGUCACUGAUAAAAAAUAUUCUGGAAUGUCACGAACAUCAGGUGCACACACCCGAAACACACAGCUGUGUGUUCUCCUGCAGUCUGACGUCUGUUUACUUCAUGUGUCAUUUCCGUGUUUCUACAGCCAUCAGACGUCUGAGUUUACUUUGUUAGUAAGUAACCUGAAUCAUGCUGUUCAGAGUGGUUCUCUGGUGGUUCCUCAGGUGGUUCUGUCGGCGUUUCAGCAGCACAAAGAGGUGAAGCUGAAAAGUUCUCCGGCGGAUCUGGUGACGGAAACGGAUCAGAGAGUCGAGAAGAUCCUGAUCUCUGCCAUCAGGAACCGCUACCCUCAGCACAGGUUCAUCGGGGAGGAGUCUGUGGCUGCAGGUGAGCGUCUGGAGCUGACUGACAGUCCCACCUGGAUCAUCGACCCCAUCGAUGGCACAGUGAAUUUUGUCCACAGGUUUCCAUUCGUGGCCAUUUCCAUCGCCUUCACCUUCAACAAACAGAUCCAGUUUGGGAUCGUGUACAGCUGUGUGGAGGACAAACUGUUCUACGCUCAGAGAGGAGGAGGAGCGUUCCUCAACGGAGAACCACUGUACGUCUCUGGACAGCAAGACAUCAGCAGGUGUGUGGUGGUGACGGAGAUCGGAGCUGAGCGUGAUGACGUCGCUCUGUCCACCACGACCUCCAACAUCUGCAGACUGCUCAAGCUCCCCGUACACGGGGUGCGUGCUUUGGGGACAGCAGCGGUCGACAUGUGUCAGGUGGCCACAGGUGGAGCCGACGCCUACUACCACAUCGGGAUGCACUGCUGGGACAUCGCUGCCUCUGCCAUCAUUGUACAGGAAGCUGGAGGCGUCGUCAUGGACACGGACGGCUCGGAGUUCGACAUGAUGUCGAGGAGAGUCAUCGCCGCCAGCUCCGCCACCGUGGCCGAUCGUAUCGCUCAGGUGAUCCAGGCCUUUCCCUGUUGUCGUGACGACGAGGACAACUGCAGGUGUGGAGCGACAGGUGUGAACUGACUGCAGAUCACCUGACAAGAAGUGUGAUUUAAAAACUAAUAAAGCCUGUAAACUGA